CCAAAAUCGUCGUCCUUUUCCAAUCUCGAGUUUUCUGCUUUUCUUCUCUCUUUGCGUUAUUGCCAAGGCUUCAAGAGUUUGUGCAAUCUUUGAAUCAAUAUCAGGAAUGGAAACCCCCUCAUCGACAAGAAGAGUCACCAGAUCUCAAGCCCUGGCUGCUCUCAGCAAUAAUUCUAACAGCACCAGCCACAUCAACAACAUCCCGGUUUCGAGAAAGACGGAAGAUUCUGAGAAGACACUGUCAAAAUCAAGGCAAAGAAAUGGGAAGCAGCAAGACCGAUCGGUCCUCGUCGACAUAACGAAUGAUUCUCCAAUUGUGGGGCUUGCGGGCGGCAAUCUCAAGACGCCAUCUUCUUCCGUGGCGAAGCAGAAGGUCAAGAAGACACCGGGGUCCGGAGAGGCUCUGCUCAGGGGUCAGGUCAAGACCCUCUUGCAGAAGGUGGAAGAAGAAGCCGUGCUCUCGAGAAUAUCGCUGGAAAGCCGUCCCUUUCUUCAACUCGUGAACUCUCCCGCUGGAAUAACUGCCCCAACUCCCGCUAAUACCCCCCAAAUCUCCAAUCUUUCAGGAGAGGCUUCAAUCACACCUCAGGCUAUCGAAGAACAUUCGGUUUCUCAGGUGGUGAAUCAAGGGAGCCCUGACUCUGAAAAGAACCAGAUAACCAGGUCGCUGCUUAUGGACUUUUCAGAAAAAUCUGAAAUUUCUGAUCUAUCAGAGUGCUCCUCUGAGCUGACAUAUCAGGAAGCAGUGGAAGGUAAAGACAAGCACGCCACCGAAGAUGAUGAUGCAUCUAUCUGGUCAAUACAGGUCAAUGCAAGUACGCACGACGAGGACGAGGACGAAAUAGCUGAAGAAGAGGAGGAAGAGUAUUAUGAUGAGAAUGAAGAAGAGGAAGAUGAAGGAUACGAAGACGGAGGAUUCGUUGAUGAACUGUGUGAAGGGUUGAACAAGAUUAAGGUGAACGAAAGGGCAGCUCCCGAGUUCGAGGGAAAGCACACGAGGUUUGUUUACGACAGUGAUGAUGAGCUCGUGGGUGAAGAAGAAGUAGAACAAGAAAAGGAAGCAGCAUCGGAUAGCGUGCUUCGCCUGAAGGGCUUGCCAACCCCAAAAGGAAAGCACCUGCGCUUUCAAGAGGACGAAGCAGGACCGGAAGACAAAGCGGAUCUCGCUUUGUGAUCCAUGUACUGAGGUUGUAAUUCGUUGUCUUUCUUCUUGUGUGACCCGAGCUUUUGUCUCUGGAAUUUACUUUUUUUUUUUUUUUUGUCUUUAAUUCUUGGGAGCCUCCCAAGUUCUGAUAGGGACCACAAAUUGCGUGGUCCGAAUAUUCCAAUAAUUGAAAUUUUUUUUAGUUAUUGUAUUCCA